AGGGGGCACCGGGGCCGCGCCGACCCCCGUGGCCGCCACAACCCCGGCCGCCACCCCCGGCCGCUCUGCCAGGGGGAUCUGCGAGCGGAGAACCUCCCGGAGCUCCCCCGGCGGCUGAAGGUCGCGGUGCUGAGCCAGGAUGGGUUUGGCUGAAGACAAAGUGUACACCCAUAUUACAAGAAACCUCAAGAAGUUUGGGACUAUCCGAGUGUCAUCUCUGGCCGAUUCCCUGACCUGCCUGGUCGAUUCUGACAGAGAUGAGCUCCUCGCCCGGGAGGAAACACGGGGCAACCAGGCAGCUGUCUUUAGGUUUUAUCAGCACCUGAGGUGCCGGAAGGGCUGGGUGCAGGAUCUCAUCCAGGCGCUGCACCAGAACAACGCGGGGCACUUGGCUGAUGAGCUGCAGGAAGUCUAUGACACCUGGCAACCUCGACCUCGUUCCUCAGCUCCUGCUGCUGCCUCCUCCCUUGAGGAUGCCCGUUCCACUGGCUCCUCCCUCAGUGCCCAGACACCAUCCCGGGGGCGAUGUUCUGACCCGUUGGCUGGGCAGCCACGCAGAGAUGUGCCCAUUGGUGACCAUCCACCCGUCCUGCCCAGUGCUGCCACCACCACGGGCCUGGAGGCCAGACUCCCAGUGCAGGAAUCGCUCCCCAAAAAACUCCCGGAGCAAGAGAGUCCCCAGCCAAUUCCACCUGGGAGCAAAGUCCAUGGCGGAGUGAGCGGUGGGCACAGCGGAGGAGGGAAUCUCUCGCACCCCACCGGGGCCGUGCCGGUGCCAGCGGGGACACCAGGGGUGGCUGUGCCAUCGGCUGUGUCCCCAGAGCAGGGCCGGGACUGGCUGAGCCGCCGGCCAGUGUGUGUGGACAAUGGGUUUUUUGGGAAUGCCAACCACCUGCACCGCGGCACACCGGGCCUGGCCCUGGGCAGGUCUGUUCCAUUGAGGGAUGCAGGUGCCACUCACAGCCCCGGGCAGCCCAGGAACGAGCCUGAAGAGAACUCGGAUAUCUCCACCGAGUCACCGUCAAGGCUUGGGGGGGCCACCCGUGGUGUGGGGCAGCAGCCCCCAAACUCGGUGCCAAAAAAGCAGCCUGUGCCAAGCUCUGGGCACAGUGAGCCCACGAGCAGCUUUGUGGAUGUGCGCAGCCCCCUCCUCAUACAGGAGCAGUUUGAUGCGGAGAAGAAGCGCUCCGGGAUGCUGCGAGAGCACACAGGGAGUGCAGGUGCUUUGAUGGAAACAACUACCCUGGGUGCUACCCCUGUGCCCAGAGACAUUUUCCCAUCCCGUGACACCUCUGUCAAGUCUCUUACGCAAGAGAAGAAACUGUCAUUUGGGAAUACAGCCAGCAGCAGCCCCUCUGUGCCAGCAAAGGAGAAAGUGCUCCCGGCCUCGGCAAACCCUUUCCUGGGCACAGCUUUGGUAGGAGGCUCCGAAGGCAUGGCUGGGAGAUCGGCUCCCCGGGUGAGCUCUGCCAUGAGCAUCUGGGCAUCUCAUCGUGAUGAGGAGAAGGAGGAGGAGCUCGGCAAGCCGGGUGUCCUCAUGUCCGUGCCUCAGGGCAGCCCAGAGGUGGCCAGCAGGUGCCUGAGCUCUCAGGAGCCCAGCAAGCCCUGUUCCACCACCUCCAGUAGCCUUGGCCUCAGCAGCGACCCAAUCCUGGUGAGCAGGGAUAGCCUGAGCUCAGGGGGAACAUUCCCAAGGGUCUCCUCAGUUCAUGCAGACCCCAGAGAAAAGGAGGCAUCUGGAGCAAGCAGAGACUCCAGUCUUGCUCCGAGCUGGGACAGCACCUCCAUGGGCACCCACGAGGUCCGUGUGGAUCAUCACCCCAGCAUCCAGCUUGGAGCUGGCAGCGACGGAGUCAGUCCCCUUGGAAGCUCCAUGAAUUUCAAUUCUGGCAGUGGCCAUGACCCUGCCACCAGAUCACCUCCAGCCAGAGUUGCAAAGAGGGACAGCGGUGGCUUGUCCCUGCUGUACGUCCUUCCAGCUGUCGGUGUCAUUUCUGCCGUGGCGUUCGCGGUGUACGCUCGGCUGCGGAAAUAACGGAUGGGACACCACGACCGUGACACAGCCGGGGGGAUUUCUCUGGCAACAGGAUUUUGGUCAACGCAUUUGAAGCCUGAAGAGUAGCAGGGGGCAGUAGGGGCAUUGUUAAAUCUUUUUCUGGAAGGUUCUGCUGGAAGAGGCCUUGGUACAUGAUGCUGUUGGGUUUGGGUCUGUUCCCUCCCAUUUCUCAACCAUCUUCUUGACUGUAGCUUUCUCCUUCUACACUCCCAGAGGAGAGGAUCUCACACCAAAAUGUGAGUGAUCCACUGAGUCAAAAAGCAAAGCACUCAUGGUGGUUCUCCAUGUCUUCCGUGUUUGGUCCCAGGAAGCCUCAGGGAAACAUAUCCUGGUGAUCCAAAGGGUGACCUCCAGGUCCCUUUGUGCAGUGCAGCCAGGAGAGGUUGUGCAGAUAUCCUGUGACAGCAGAGCUGAUUUUCUUGGCUCUGCUCAUCUUGGCUUGAAAAUGUGCCCAAGGAUGGGUGCUGCAGCCUCCACUGGAUGUCUCAUGUUCAGUUUGCCUUACUUGGUGUCUCUGGCUCUCCUCCUCCUUCUGGGAUUGCUUCAUGUAGUACUGACCCUGGGGAUAAACAUGAGGGUCAGGAAAGAGCUGCAUCAUACCAGCGUUAUCAAGGAUCAGCCUCAUUUCACUCUGUUCAGGCAGGAAAAGGGGUUUCUGAUUUAAGAGGAAUAUUUCAGGUAUUGACAACUUUAAGCAGACUUGGUCCCACAAAAGGUUGUUGGGUGUCUUUGAAUUUGAGGCUGGAUUUUUGCAGCUUGGUUGGAAGGGUAGUUGUAGUUCUUGCCCUUCCUGAUACCUGAUGCUAUGGGGUAGGGGUAUAGGAACCUUCUGCCCAGGCUGGGACACAAACAGGAUCGACUCCACCCUGCAGGGAGGCCAUACCAGAGUCUGAGAUGCUCUGGGCUAUGGGGAGACCUUGUAGCACCUUCCAGUGUCUAAAGGGCUUGGAACAAACUGGUCUUGUGGCAGAGGGCUGGGAUGAGAUGCUUGUUAAUGGCCCUUCCAACACAAACCAUUCUGUGGUUCUAAAAUGCAGUAAAGCAGUGAAGAAGAAACAGCCUGGAGUAGUUACAUUGCUCCAGGUUGCUCCAAGCCCCAUCCAACUUGGCCUUAACUCUUCCAGGGAUGGGGCAGUUACAGCUUCUCUGGGAAACAUAUGUCAGUGUUUCACCACCCUCACAGGGAGGAAUUUCUUCCCAGUAUUCCAUCUAUCCCUGCCCUCUGACAGUGGGAAGCCAUUCCCCUUUGUCCAGGUUGUUGCCCAAAGUCCCUGAAGCUCUCUUGGAGCCCAUUUAGGUACUGGAGGCUGCUGGAAGGUCUCGUCAGAGUCUUCUCCAGGCUGAGCACUCCCAGCUCCCUCAGCCUGGCUCCAGAGCAGAGCCAGGAGAGUUUCAGCCCUCAGAAUUUCUUGCUUCAGCAACUCCACAUCCUUCUUACGUUGGGGCUGCAGAGCUGGACACAGCACUGCAAGUUGGGUCUCACCUGAGCAGAGCAAAAGAGCAGAAUCACUUCCCUCAUCCCUCUGUGUCCAGUAACUUGUUCAUCCUGAAUUCCUGCCAUCAGCACAGCUUCCCAAAAUCUGCUCUUCCUGCUGGCAGGGAGCAGGAGGGAGCUCAGCCCUCUCAGGCCAAUGGGGCAAAGUGCAGCCAUCACACCCAGAGCUUGGCCUGUGGAGGGAAAGGUCCAUCAGCCCUGAAUGGCUGAUGCUUCUCCCUCACAAUACUUCCCUUCUGCCCAAAAAUCCAAGAAGUGCCUCCAUAAAACUAAGAAAAAACAAUAUAUGCAGGAGGGAGGUGUUGAUUUUGGUGUGUCAGGGCUGCCUUCCAGAAGAGCCUGAGGUGUUUAUUCCUUGCAUGGUGCUGAAGGAAGAAGGGACAGUCCUUUAAACACAUUCAGCCCCCUCUGCCAGGAGAGGGAAUGUGGGGGCUGCUCUUCCCAUUAAAGAUAAAAUGGUUAUCACUCCCUAACACGAGGGACAGGAAGGGACUUGCUUUCUCUGCACUUUCUGUAAUUCAGGGGAGAUCCUAAACCAGCCGCAUCCAUACCAAGGCCCUCUUCUCUGAUGCUUUACUUGCCUGUGAAAUUCUUCCCAUGUUUUUCCAUAUAUUUAAGCAACAGCUUGUGCGCUUUGCCUUUUCAUGUCGGAUUUCUCUUGUGAAACAGCUGGUUUGUCACCACCUCAGACUGGGGAAAGCACACGUUCAGAUUGCUGCUGUGACGUGCCGGGAUUUUCACAGUUGAUACGUAGCACUUUAAAGCCUCAUUGGCAGGAGAUGGUGCAGCAGGGAGCUGCACAUCUUUUACUAACAGGCUAAAAAGCCUUUUACUAACUAUAAUAAAUUGGUUUGAUGCUUCA